AAAUGAGAAAAAAAAAAUAGUAAAUGAAACAUUUGUACAUUUCAACUACCCACAUUGUAGUUAACAACAUCUAUCUACCCACAUUCAAACUACUAUCCAAACCUACCUAUCCACAUUUACUAACCAACAUUCAAAAUACUACCUACCCACAUUUAACUACCCAUAUUCAACUAUUUAACCAUCCUUUCACUACCAUUUCACACGUCUCAAAAACAUUUUCUUUCAAUUUUCAAAGUUCUCAAAAGGAAACUAAGUUCAACCACCAGGAAGAAAGCUUGAUGAAUUUCUCAUGUAUCCAUGGGGACGUAAGGCAUAUUUUGUUCUAUUACAUUCAUUACAAGAAUCACAGCUUGAAAGAAUACGAAGAAUGCAACAAAAUAACCAAGCAGAAUGUAAAUAUUCAUUGCAUGGUUAUCCACUUGUAUUCCAGUAUUGGAUAUACGAAACUUUUCCUAAAAUUGGACGACAAUUUGGUCACCGUAUCCGUACAAGUUUAAAAUGUCCACGAAUGCAUAAAUGGCAGCCUCAAAUGGUAUUAGCGGUAAAUGUUAUUAAAGAAUUUUUAGCUACUGAAGAGGUAUGUUCAUUUUAGUAUACAAUUAAAUAUAUGUUUUAUUCUUUAUAAAUAAAUUUUAGAGAAUACGUCUGAUAUUUUAUUACAAUAUUACAAUAAUAGAUUACAGUAAUUGCAACGUUAAAUCCUACUGAAGCAGAAUUGGAAACAUUCUGGUAUACAACUCUUUCAUUGCCAAUUGACAACCAACAUUGUACACUAGACAACAUUGUCAAUGGUGAAUUGGAAAAUACAACAGAACAAAUUUGAGCAUAUAACAUACAUCCACAAGAAACAACUGUACACAGUUCAAAUAGAAUUGAAUCUACUUCUUCCGGUACUUCAGACUAUGUAACUAAACAAGAUAUGGAACAGAUGUUCAAUGUACACAGACAAGAUGUCUUUGAUUUCUACGACAGUUUGAAAACACAGAUGAUUCAAGAAGCAACAAAGCAAGAAGCUCAGUAUCAUACGAUUCUUGAAAAUCA